AUGCCGAUUUCUAAUCAAAUCAACAAUUAUAUUCAAUGUCGUCUUAUACGUAAUAAGUCUGUUUUAUCUCAAACAUUUCAUUUAGAAGUCGAGUGUUCAGAUGAUGGAGAAUCAAUUUGUCUACUAACAGCCGAAAAGCAAUUUAAAAUCAGUGGUCAAUCUCAAUAUACAAUAUCAGUAAUUUCAAAAUAUCCUAAGAAUUAUAUUUCUGCCGAAUUAACUAGUGAUGAUUUAACUGGAACUAGAUAUGUAUUAAAUCUUUUAAAUGGAUAUAAACGUCAACAACUGGCUGUCAUUCUCUAUGAGGCCAAUUUUCUUGGUAUUAAUGGUCCAAGAAAAAUUGAAGUUCUAUUAUCUAAAGUCAAUGAUCAAAUGCUAUAUUUCAUCGAGGAAAGUGAUCUUAAUGAAUAUGAUUUGAAAGAAGAAAGCAAUUGUUUUUUUCGUUUAUACAAUAAACCACCACAUUGGAAUUCACUUGAAUCUUGUUAUACAUUAAAUUUUAUUGGCAAAAAUCGUGCUGCAAUACCUUCGAUUAAAAAUUUUCAAAUGGUAAUCAAGAAUGAUGAAAAUGUGGAACAAAUCGUAAUGCAAUUUGGUCGAAUGCUUGAAAAUGAAUUUUCUUGUGAUUUUCAAUAUCCUUUGUCACUUAUUCAAGCAUUUGCUAUAGCUCUUACUGCUCUUGAAUCUCGAUGGUUUAGAGAAUAA